AUGGCACCUUUCUCCACAUUGCCCAUGAAGAGGGACUGGUUCGCAACACCUCGAUCCAUGCUGGUAUUCGUGCACCGUUCAUGCGCCCGAAGAAGGAUCUACGGAAUGAUCUUCGUUAAGAGGGUGGCUGGCACCAAGGUAUACAUCAGUGUAGACAUCGAUGUCUUAGAUCCAGCGUUCGCACCAGCUACGGGGACAGCCGAAGUUGGUGGCUGGUCUACGCGUGAGCUUUUGUCAAUUCUAGACGGUCUCGAAGGUCUGGAAGUGGUCGGCGCAGAUGUUGUCGAGGUUGCACCCAUCUACGAUAAUCCAGGAGAGACCACAGUAUUGGCUGCCGCGGAAGUAGCCCUGGCCUUGAUAGGUUUAAUGGUCAAGAAACCUGUUGCAUGA